AUGGCUUUAAACUUGGCAAAAAAAGUUAUAGGACAAAAAAUUAAUAUUCUUCAUCAUUGUCGAAUGGCUUCUAAUAUGACUGUUCGAGAAGCACUCAAUAUGGCAUUGGAUGAAGAAAUUGCCAGAGAUAGUAAAGUUUUUUUGUUAGGAGAAGAAGUUGCUCAAUAUGAUGGUGCAUAUAAAGUAUCUAAAGGAUUGUGGAAAAAAUAUGGAGAUAAAAGAAUAGUUGAUACGCCAAUCACUGAAAUGGGUUUUGCUGGUCUUGCUGUUGGAGCUGCAUUCCAUGGCCUUAGGCCAGUUUGUGAAUUCAUGACGUGGAACUUUUCUUUACAAGGAAUUGACCAUAUAUUAAAUAGUGCAGCAAAAACAUUUUACAUGUCCUCUGGUAGAUUUAAUGUUCCUAUUGUUUUUAGAGGACCAAAUGGUGCUGCUGCUGGAGUUGCUGCUCAACAUUCACAAGAUUUUAGUGCUUGGUUUUCACAUUGUCCAGGUUUAAAAGUUUUAACACCAUAUGAUUCUGAAGAUGCCAAAGGCUUAUUGAAAGCUGCAAUUAGAGAUGAUAAUCCAGUAGUAUUUUUAGAAAAUGAAAUUUUAUAUGGUCAAUCUUUUCCAAUGUCAGAUGAAGCAUUAUCACCUGACUUUGUUUUACCAAUUGGAAAGGCACACAUUGCAAGAGAAGGAUCUCAUGUUACUAUUGUUUCUUUUUCAAAGGGUGUUCAACAUUCUUUACAGGCAGCUGAAGAAUUGGCUACACAAGGAAUUAAUGCUGAAGUUAUCAAUCUUCGUUCUUUAAGACCACUUGAUUCAGAUACUAUUAAACAGUCAGUUAUGAAAACAAAUCAUUUAGUAACUGUUGAGACAGGUUGGCCUGUUUGUGGUUUGGGAGCAGAAAUUGCUGCACAAAUCUGUGAAUCAGAAGCAUUUGAUUAUUUAGAUGCUCCAAUUGCUAGAGUUACAGGUGUUGAUGUACCAAUGCCAUAUACCUUGACUUUGGAACAAGGUGCUUUACCACAAAAUCAAGAUAUUAUUUCUGCUGUUAAGAAAGUACUAAACGUUCAAUAA